UCUGUCUGUGGUCCCGGUCGUCUGCCUCUGUCUGUGGUCACGGUCGUCUGCCUCUGUCUGAGGUCCCGGUCAUCUGCCUCUGCCUCUGUCUGUGGCCUCAGUCUUCACUGUCGGCUCUGUCUGUGGCCCCAGUCGUCGGCCUCUCGCUCUGUCUAUGGCGCUAAAGUUAGUUGCCUGGCCAUAACCAUUGUAUUCUUGAGUCCUGGCUUUUCACUCUGUCUUUUAACUUAACAUCUUCAGAUGUUCUUCAUCUUCUGCUAUAAGUGUUAACAGGUUAUGAAGUUUAUUCACAGCUGCAAGCUGCCUGAUUCCAGUCCAGCUUCUCUUAUCAUGCGUUAUGCUUUUAUUGCAUGUUGUAAUUACUUUAAGAAUGUUGUAAUAUGCAUGUCUGUAAUUGCUCCUCUGACGAAACACUGAGAGACAGUAUGUUUUUAUUGUUAAAUUACUAAUUUGAACUCUUUUAUUGGUUAUUUAAAUUUAAAGUUGUUUUACUUUCUAAGCUUUUUGUUAUUGCACUGAUGUUGGUCCUCCUCGGUGUAGCUUUAAUGUGUUUGUAUCUGCUUCUGUGCCUCAGCGAAUGGCACUGAACAGCUACAUGCACCGAAUCCUCAUUCCUGUUGCUGUGUAAUGAGCACAAACGGGGUUUGCGUGGAUGGGAGCGAGAGUCUCCAUAAGGGAGAGCGAUGCUUCCUCAAGCACUUCUUACUGACUGUCGUCAUUAUUUAUGGGUCUGUUUUUGCAUGUUUAUUCUUGCCUGGCGUUGGCUGCCGUUACCGAGGUUCCCAAAGAAUCCGUUGCCAGGAGAAUCUCACGUUUUCUCAUUAAAGUGGCCACAGCAAGGCAGCACGGCAGUUUAUUAACGUGAGCAUGUUCCUCAACACGUUAACCCCCAAGUUCUACGUGGCUCUGACCGGAACGUCGUCCCUGAUAUCUGGUCUCAUCCUGAUAUUCGAAUGGUGGUAUUUUAGGAAGUAUGGGACUUCCUUCAUCGAGCAGGUGUCCGUUAGUCACUUACGCCCUCUGCUGGGGGGAGUCGAUAACAGCUCACCCAGCAACUCCAAUCCCAGCAACAGUGACGCAGAUUCCAGUCGACAAAGUGUGUCAGAAUGUAAGGUGUGGAGGAAUCCACUGAAUUUAUUCAGAGGGGCAGAGUACAACAGGUACACGUGGGUGACGGGGAGAGAGCCGCUCACCUACUACGACAUGAACCUGUCUGCCCAGGACCACCAGACCUUCUUCACCUGCGACUCGGACCACCUGCGCCCGGCCGAUGCCAUAAUGCAGAAGGCCUGGAGAGAGAGGAACCCUCAGGCCCGGAUCUCCGCCGCUCAUGAAGCUCUGGACAUAGAGGACUGUGCAACUGCGUACAUCCUACUGGCGGAGGAAGAGGCCACCACCAUCGUGGAAGCCGAGAAGCUCUUUAAGCAGGCGCUGAAAGCUGGAGAGGGCUGCUACCGGCGCAGCCAGCAGACACAGCACCACGGCACGCAGCACGAGACACAGCACAGAAGAGACACUAAUGUCCUGGUGUAUAUUAAGAGGCGGCUUGCCAUGUGUUCCCGGAAGCUGGGAAGGACACGGGAAGCUGUCAAGAUGAUGAGGGAUUUAAUGAAGGAGUUCCCUCUCCUCAGUAUGUUCAAUAUCCACGAAAACCUGCUGGAGUCCCUGCUGGAGCUGCAGGCCUAUGCAGAUGUGCAGGCCGUCCUGGCCAAGUAUGAUGAUAUUAGUUUACCCAAAUCCGCAACGAUAUGCUACACAGCAGCGCUGUUGAAAGCCAGAGCUGUAUCAGAUAAGUUCUCUCCAGAGGCAGCGUCACGGCGAGGCUUGAGCCCAGCAGAGAUGAACGCUGUCGAAGCCAUACACAGAGCAGUGGAGUUCAACCCACAUGUACCCAAAUACCUCUUAGAGAUGAAAAGCUUAAUUCUGCCCCCCGAGCACAUCCUGAAGAGGGGUGACAGUGAGGCCAUCGCCUACGCCUUUUUUCACCUACAGCACUGGAAGAGGGUGGAGGGGGCACUCAACUUGCUGCACUGCACCUGGGAGGGCACUUUCCGGAUGAUCCCAUACCCCCUGGAGAAAGGUCAUCUCUUCUACCCGUACCCCGUCUGCACAGAGACGGCAGAUCGAGAGUUGCUACCAACAGUCUUCCACGAGGUGUCAGUCUACCCCAAGAAGGAGCUGCCCUUCUUCAUCCUCUUCACGGCCGGUCUCUGCUCCUUCACUGCCAUGCUAGCCCUCCUCACUCACCAGUUCCCAGAGCUCAUGGGGGUCUUUGCAAAGGCUUUCCUCAGCACCCUUUUUGCGCCACUGAACUUCAUCAUGGAGAAGGUGGAGAACAUACUGCCAUCCAGUCUGUGGCACCAGCUGACACGCAUCUAGGACUGAACCGUCAAGCGGCCCUUGAGCCGAGGUCUUGUGGACUCCAAAGGCAUGAUGGGAAAAGGGAGAAGCAGUAUUGCCUUGGUUUGACUUUUCGUUUCCAUGUAAAACUGGUUUUGUUGUACAGUAAGGUGGUUAUCAUCUGCCUUCAGAUGAGAGCUGAAGGGAAAAAUAAAAUUAAUUCAAAAAUUCAAAGGA